AUGGAGAACGGAGGACCCGACCCUGGGCAGAUAAGGCAAGUCCUUCUUCUCUUUGUCUUUUUAGGACUUUCUCAGGCAGGCUCUGACUUAGGGCGCUUUUCUGUGGCAGAGGAAAUGCAGAGCAGAAGCUCUGUAGGCAAUUUGGCAAAGGACUUGGGACUGGAGGUGGGGGAGCUAUCCUCACGGGAGGCCCGGGUGGUCUCUAAGGAUAACAAAGAACAUUUGCAGCUGGAUAUAAAAACAGGAGAUUUGCUCCUAAGUGAAACUCUAGACCGAGAAGAACUCUGUGGCUCCACCCAGCCGUGCGUACUGCAUUUCCAGGUGUUAAUGAAAAACCCCUUGCAGUUUUUUCGAAUUGAGCUCCAGGUCAGGGACAUAAAUGACCACUCCCCCGUUUUCAUAGAAAAAGAAAUGCUCCUUGAAAUCCCAGAGAAUAGCCCUGUCGGUGCUGUGUUCUUACUGGAAAGUGCAAAGGAUUUAGAUGUAGGAAUCAACACCCUAAAAAACUACACAAUCAGCCCCAACUCUCAUUUCCACGUUAGAAUUAGAGUCAACCCAGACAAUAAGAAAUACCCAGAGCUGGUUUUGGAUAAGGCACUGGAUUACGAAGAGCAGCCUGAGCUCAGUUUCAUUCUCACUGCUCUGGACGGCGGGUCUCCAUCCAGAUCCGGGACUGCCUUGGUUCGGGUAGUGGUUGUGGACGUUAAUGACAACUCCCCUGAAUUUGAACAGCCCUUUUAUGAGGUGAAGAUUCCAGAGGAUAGCGUCAUAGGCUCACCAAUUGUGACCCUUUCAGCUUGGGAUUUAGAUUCGGGAACAAACGGUGAAAUAUCAUACACCUUUUCCCAUGCCUCAGAAGACAUUAGUAAGACAUUUGAAAUUAAUAAAAAAUCUGGAGAAAUUAGUUUAACAGCACUCUUGGAUUUUGAAAGAACUGAUUCAUAUUCAAUACUCAUUCAAGCCACAGAUGGAGGUGGCCUUUUUGGAAAAUCAACUGUGAGAAUUCAGGUGAUGGAUGUGAAUGACAAUGCUCCUGAAGUCACUGUGUCAUCAAUUACCAAUCCGAUACCUGAAAAUUCACCUGAGACUGUGGUUAUGGUUUUUAGUAUCCAAGACAAAGAUUCUGGGGAGAAUGGUAGAAUGAUUUGCUCUAUCCCUGAAGACCUUCCAUUUAAGCUAAAACCUUCUGUUGAGAAUUACUACACACUGGAAACAGAGAGAACACUGGACAGAGAAAGCAGAGCCAAGUACAACAUCACCAUCACAGUCACAGAUUUGGGCACACCCAGACUGAAAAGCCAGCACACCAUAAUCUUGUUAGUCUCUGAUGUCAAUGACAACGCACCAACCUUUUCCCAAACGUCCUACACUUUGUUCAUCCGCGAGAACAACAACCCCGCCCUGCACAUGGGCACAGUCCGUGCCACAGACAGAGAUUCAGGCACCAACGCUCAAGUCACUUACACUGUGCUACCACCACAGGAUCUACACCUCCCGCUCCCCUCUUUGGUCUCCAUCAAUGCGGACAAUGGGCAGCUAUUCGCUCUAAGGUCUCUAGAUUAUGAGACCCUGCGAGCGUUUGAGUUCCACGUGGGCGCAACAGACGCAGGCUCCCCAGCGCUGAGCAGUGAGGCACUGGUGCGCGUGGUGGUGGUGGACGACAACGACAACUCGCCCUUUGUGCUGUAUCCGCUGCAGAACAGCUCUGCGCCAUGCACAGAGUUGGUUCCCAGAGCGGCCGAGGUGGGCUAUCUGGUGACCAAAGUGGUGGCAGUGGACAGCGACUCUGGACAGAAUGCCUGGCUGUCCUAUCAGUUGCUCAAGGCCACGGAGCCCGGGUUGUUCAGCGUGUGGGCACACAACGGCGAGGUACGCACCACUAGGCUGCUGAGCGAACGCGACGCAGCCAAGCACAGAUUGGUGGUGCUGGUCAAGGACAAUGGCGAGCCGCCAAUGUCGGUUACUGCCAUGCUGCACGUGCUCCUGGUAGACGGUUUCUCACAGUCUUACCUGCCGCUCCCAGAGGUGGCCCCUGAAGAGACCCAGGCCGACUCACUGACUAUCUACUUGGUCAUUGCAUUGGCGUCGGUCUCAUCGCUCUUCCUGUUCUCUGUGCUCCUAUUCGUUGCGAUGCGGCUAUGCAGAAGGAACCGGGCUACCUUGAGGAGUCGCUGCUCCGUCCCUGAGGGUCACUUUCCAGAUCACUUGGUGGAUGUUAGCGGCACCGGGACUUUGUCUGAGAGGUACCUCUAUGAGACAUUUCUAACAGGAGGUUCCACAAAUGAAGUCAAGUUCUUGAAGCCAUUUAUCCCCAACUUUCUGCCUCACGAACCUGGAAAAGAAAUAGAAGAAAACCCUUCUUUCCGUAAUAGCUUUGGGUGA